AUAACGAAUCCUUAUCAAUGUACUUCGUUUUAAAAAUAUCUGUCAGUUGUCAAGUCAAAGUCAUUUUGCUUUGCUACAGUAGUGACUUAAAAAAAUAUAUUUUUUGUCUCUUUUCCCUUUAGCAAGUCAAGAUGAAGAUUGGCCUUUGCGCUUAUAGUGGUUACAAGAUCUACCCUGGCCAUGGGAAGACCAUGGUUAAGGUGGACGGCAAGACCUUCACGUUCCUAAAUUCAAAAUGUGAAGCUGCACAUUUAAUGAGGCGGAAUCCUCGUAAGGUGACAUGGACAGUGCUUUACAGACGCAAGUUCAAGAAGGGUCAGGAAGAAGAACAGGCUAAGAAACGCACCAGGAGGACCCAGAAGUUCCAACGUGCUAUUGUUGGUGCUUCCCUGAGUGACAUCAUGGCCAAGCGUAAUAUGAAGCCUGAAGUAAGGAAAGCACAGAGGGAGCAAGCCAUUAAGGCUGCUAAGGAACAGAAGAAGUCCACUAAAGCGGCAAAGAAGGCUACAGCACCCCCAACUAAAGUUAAGGCGCCACCUAAAGCUAAGGCUGCCAAAGUCAGCCAGAAAUCUGCACCGCGUGUAGGAGGAAAACGAUAAGAACAUAAACUAUUGGUUUAAGUAAUAAAAUACUAAAAAUCA